CGUGGCCCAUGCCGUAAGCCCAAGUAGUCCAGCUCGAUGGUCGAAGCUGAGCUGUCCUGUCUACUGCGUGGGCUUCGCAAGGGAAAGAAAAAAGUAGUGAGACCGAGAAGUGGGUGAUGGUAGCUCGCGAGCAUGGCGUCGUCGUCGGCGGCGGCGGCGGCGGCUGCGACCCCUUCCAGCGGAGCUGCGAUGGAAGCCGACGGGCUCGAGUUCUUGCUGGAUCCAGUAGACCGGUUCCCGCCUAGGGAAGAAUUCGCGGAAAGGUUUGAGCACCCAUAUCAUGUGCCACUGGCGUUACUGUCGCCACGCGAGGAGGCGCCUGCUUUGCCGGCGGAUUCCAAUUUGCGGCUCCGGCUGUGCGCAGCGGGUAGGGAGCUGCAGCCCUGGGCGGUCUGCAGGCGAGUGCUGCCGGAGGAAGAAUGCCUCGCCGACCCAAUCUGCGAAAUCCACUGGGAAGGUGAAUCCCGAAGCCCCCUGAUGGACGAAGAGAGGUUGUGCUUCUGUAGUGCACUACCAGACCAGAUGCCGCGUGCCUCGCGGAUGAGUGCGCUUGAACAAUCUAUCCACAAAUUUGCAGAAGAACCUACAAAAAGUGCGGUGAAACCAGAUCUUGGGUUGAGUUUUUACUUGUUGGGUGACGCGUAUGACUUACAAUUUGUAUUCUUGGGAGGUUGGCUUCGGCAUACGGUAUGGGGAGAGCAGGCUGAACGACGAGCGGACAAAGUCGAUGCACGAGAUAAUUUGUGGCUCAGUGGCUGUUCGGGGAAGCCUGAGGCGGAGAACGGCCGGUCGUGUAGGUGUAAAUGCCCUGUGUUGAUUAGGCUGUUGAGGGCAUCCGACAACAAGUUGUACAUAACUGAGUACAGCGAGAAUCACAACCGCUCUUUGUCAUUGACAAUGGUCGAGAAGGUUCACUGGCCGUCACACAACACACAUAGAUGUUUACGCAAAGGAUCCUAUAAAACAGUUGCAGGAAAAUAUUGUGAACCUUGGGAAAGUGUAUAGCAUCAUCGGAAGUUUCUUCAGGUCGUGAACUGGCAGACGAUGACGUGUGGAAAACUUUGGAGGUUUUCGCCGACAUUGUGGCUGGAGACCCUGAUUUCACGUAGUUCUUGUGGAUAGCGGGAGCAGGAGUGAGAAUUUGAUGUGGAUAAACGGUAGCAGCCUGAUGCAGUACAAGUUCUUUAGGAAUGGCAUCACUUUUGAUACGACGUAUAGGAUGAAUCUAUAUGACAUGCCGUUUGGUCUUUUUGUUGGGGGUUAACAACCACUUCUUGAGCAUUAUAUUGGCUGGUGUGUUGGUGAGGGACGAUCAAGCAGAAAGUUUUGAGUGGGUUUUUGCGGAAUUUUUGACGAUGAUGGGUGGACCUACAGAUUGUGCACUUUACAUGCCACUGCAGCGGUGGUGUUUACUGUUUCAUUGGUUUGAAUCCGUCAUGCUGACUGAGUGUGUUGGUAAUCUUUGUAGAUCAGAACAGAGCUGUGGAGGUGGCAAUUAGUUAAGUGUACCUUGACAGCGUUCACCAAUGGUGCAAGUUGCACAUUUCGAAGUAACCGAAGGAGAGUCUAGGGCCAUAAACUAGUAGUCUAGUACGUUAGUUGGAAAAAAUGUGAUAUGAGUAUUCUUUGGUGUGUUGUGUGAUCUGUGCUGGACGCUUAUCCAUCCAUGUAUUAAGUGUUUAUUGUUUUGAACAUUUGUAAUGAUCCCAGAUUGGGAUAUAUAAUCUAGUUAGUAGUGACCUGAAUAAAAACAGAGACUAAGUUUUCAGGUGAA